UAGAGCCGUGCUCCUAAAGGUCCUCAUAAGUAAUUCUCAGAAGCGUCGCGAGAAUGGGAGAAGACAAAAAAGAAGAAGAGAAAAAGGAAGAAGAAAACCCAGAGAUUAUACUAAAAGUUGAUAUGCACUGUGAAGCUUGUGCUAGAAAAGUUGCAAGAACCCUCAAAGGAUUUGAAGGAGUGGAGGAUGUUGCGACUGAUAGCAAGGCAAAUAAGGUGGUGGUGAAAGGAAAGACGGCCAACCCCGUCAAGGUUCACGAAAGGCUAUUAAAGAAAUACGGUAGAAAAGUGGAGUUAGUCUCGCCGUUGCCGGAACCACCGCCGCCGGAAGAGAACAAGGAAGAAAACAAAGAAGCUAAACCCAAAGAAGAAGAACAGAAACAAGAGCCUCCUGCAGUGAUAACGGUAGUAUUGAAGGUUGGCAUGCAUUGUGAAGCAUGCGCUCAAGCAUUGCGUAAGCGAAUAAGGAAGAUCCAAGGCGUAGAGACGGUGGAAACCGAUGUGGGAAAUGAUAAAGUAACCGUAAAAGGCACCGUAGAUCCUACAAAGCUGGUUGAUUAUGUUUACAAGAGAACCGGCAAGCAAGCAUCCAUAGUGAAAGGCGAAGAAAAGAAGGAAGAACAACAACAAGAAGAAGCAGAGAAAAAACCAGCAGAAGAGGCCAACAAAGAAACCAAACCAGAAGAAGAAGACGACAGAAAGAGUGAUGAUGUAAUAAAGCGAAGUGAAUACUUACAAUCCAAGUAUUUCUCGGAGCUGGAAUAUCCUCCUCAGUUUUUCAGUGAUGACAACCCAAAUGCUUGCUCUCUUAUGUAAUUUUUAUUACCAUGAUUGAUGAUCCAUGCAAUUUUCCAUGUACGUAUGUAUGUAAUAAGGUGCUGACAAUGCUUGGUUGUGACAAUCUCGUAUGCUUGGUUUUAGAACCAUGUAUGGAGAGACAGAUUAGUUGGUCGUAAUAUUGAUUAUACUCAACUUUUUGGUUUAA